AUGCGCAAAAAUAAAGCAGACUGGAGUGCACUAAAUAGAGAUAUUGUCACCCUCGGCACAGAUCUGGUAGGCAAAGAUCCCACUCUUCUGCCAAUCCUCCAUCUCGUUAGGACAGGACAUGGCAUGGGCAUGGACGUCCUCUAUGAGGCUAAGGACGAGCCGGAUGUCCUUGCCUAUAUGAUCCGCCUCUCGAUACACAGCCCCGCACCCAUGCUCCUGAAGGAUAACUCCCAAAGCCUCGUGCACUUCCAACACAAGGUCUGUCCACCAAUCCUCCCUGGACUCACAGAUGCUCACAGCCUUAUCUGGGCUUUCGAUGCAACGCGCCACGAGCCUGUCAACGUAGGAAUACAUUUGACCAUCGGUCGCUUUGUUGAAACGUUCACGAGCUCCGGCGAUUACAGCGAGCGCAUCAGCACUAUUCCGUGA